AUGGCGGAGGACGGCGAGAAGGCGGCGGCAGCGGUGGGAGGUGUCGCGGGUGGAGCGGGAGAGGCGGAGCAGGAGCGGGAGGAGCAGAGCGUGAAGCUGUUCGUGGGGCAGGUGCCCAAGCACAUGACGGAGGCGGAGCUGGCCGCCAUGUUCAAGGACGUCGCCCUCGUCGACGAGGUCACCGUCAUCAAGGACAAGGCCACCAAGGCCUCCCGAGGGUGCUGCUUCCUCAUAUGCCCCUCGAGGGACGAGGCCGACAAGGCCGUGAAUGCGUAUCACAACAAGCACACGCUCCCGGGGGCGGCGAGUCCUUUGCAAGUAAAAUAUGCUGAUGGAGAGUUGGAGAGGCUGGAACACAAGCUUUUCAUUGGAAUGCUUCCAAAAAAUGUAGCAGAUACUGAAUUGACUGAUUUGUUUUCCAAAUAUGGAAAUAUCAAGGAUUUACAAAUUUUGAGAGGUUCACAGCAAACAAGUAAAGCUGGAUGCGCCUUCAUUAAAUAUGAAAUGAAGGAGCAAGCAAUGGCAGCUAUUGAGGAUCUAAAUGGGAAGCACAAAAUAGAGGGUUCUAGUGUGCCGUUGGUUGUCAAAUGGGCUGAUACAGAGAAGGAAAGGCAGGCACGGAAAGCACAGAAAGCUCAACUGCAAUCACCUAAUAUGCCGAAUGGACGCCCAAUGCCACAAUCUUCAGUAUUUGGAGCUUUACAGAUGGGAUAUAUGCCUCAGUAUAAUGGAUUUAGUUAUCAGCCUCCAGGGACCUAUGGACUUAUGCAGUACCCUUUAUCUCCUAUGCAAAAUCAAGGCCCCUUUCAGAAUAUGGGUCAGCCUGUUAACCAAGGGAACUCGAUACGAGGAGUCAACCCUGAACUGUCCCCCAACUCAGGUCCUAGAUCAUUUAACCCAAUGCAUUUAGGCAGCCCGUAUCCAGUAGUACCUGGUAUGCAGUACCCUGGAUCCUACCCUGGUGGUCCGACGAACAAUCGUCCUUUUGGGAAUCCUCACAAUCCCCUUAAAGUUCCAAGUGCAAAUGUCAAUCCUAUCGCAUUUAGUCCCCGUAGCAAUGGCGGUGGCCAAACACAAACAGAAGGACCUCCUGGAGCCAAUCUGUUUAUCUACCAUAUCCCACAAGAAUUUGGUGACCAGGAACUCUCCGAUGCCUUCCAGAGGUUUGGGAGAGUAAUAAGUGCCAAGGUGUUCGUUGACAAAGCAACUGGUUCCAGCAAAUGCUUCGGUUUUGUAAGCUAUGACAACCCUGUGUCCGCGCAGUCGGCCAUCGCCAUGAUGAACGGUUUCCAGCUAGGCGGCAAGAAACUCAAAGUACAACUCAAGAGAGACAACAACAAGCUCAGGGAUCUGCCGGGGAGCGCCAUGUAUCUUCUAAGUUCAGUUGACAAUCUUAAGAAAAUUUGUUGCAUUGUGUAA